ACAAGUAAAAGAGUAAAAGAGUAAAAGAGAGUGUGAAACGGUAUCUGAAAUUGUGCAGACGACGCUCUUCCAUAAUUACUGAGAGCAGAGCAUUGUGGGACUGCAGCGAUGGCGACAGACGAUUGCGAGGAAGAUGUUAUUUUCGAGAACUCUGCCCUUUAUAAGCACCUUGUUGAUGCAGGGGUUACUGAUAUACCAGUUGAGAAAUCCACUAAAAGCUCUGAGCCUAAAGAGGACGUUGAAAAUGAAUCUGUUGCUGCUUUCCCACCAGAAAAGCCUAACGAUGUGCAAACUAAUAUGGAGCUUCUAAAACAGGUCUUUAGAAAACUGAAAGAGUUUUCAUCAUUUGAUCUUUUUAUCAUACAAAUGUAUUGCCAUUUCAACUGUCAGAUUCUACAUCAAGUGGCUCACAGCAAAUCUUUGGAAGAUGAUGAUAAAAUAUUUCUAGAAAAUUUCAUAGUGGAAACAGAAAAUGUAGGAAAGGCUUUGAAGCCUCAAACAUUCAUAUUAUGCUGUUUGUACCCAAUCCUUAUCUUCCUUUCGCUGUAUUUAUUGUGCCUUUACAGUCCAGUGGCUGCUAUUCUUAUUAUGAACCCAAACAUUUGUUUGUUUCGAGCAUUAGUAAAAUUUUAUAUCCUCUUUCUGAUUGUCCUCUCGCUUGGAAUACUUUGGCACAUAUUAAAUUUGAAACACACAACAAGCUGUAUCAAAGCCCUUGUUCAACAGAUUGAGGAGUCAUACUUGCUUUUCAAGAAAUCAUUGCGAUUGAUUCAAGAAGUAGAACUUGUCCAAAGAGGAUUUACAUUGGUAAGCAGUCAGAUGACUAUAAAAUCUGGACAGUCUGCUUACAAAUACAAUCGUCUUUGUCCUGAACUCCGUAAAUUAGUUUUCAUCACUGCUCGUAGUAAUAUGCUGUUUUGCCGGAAAUCAACUAAUAUUCUCCUGAAUAUACAUCCAUUAGUGGAAGAAGUAGAUAAAGCAUCUACUUAUUUAGCACAUAUUCCUUUGGAAGAUUAUGGACCAAGUCUGCAACUUAGUGAAGACAAUAAUGACAAUUUAAGUAAACUGACUGAUGACUUUUCUGUAACUGCUUUAAAGGCUAUGAUGUACCUGUAUAAUAUGCAGCAAUCAGAGCUUCUACGACGACUUGCUCUCUGUUUCUGUAUCAAUGCUCUUCCUGAAGAUCAGAAAGUUGCAGCUACUUCACAUGAGUGGUCAUCAAAUUUGAGUUCUGAAUUUGAAAAAUAUUUCGAAGUAAAUGCAGAAAAUGUUAUAAGCAACGACGAACAAAAUGAGUGUGAAAUUACUGCCAAAGAAAAUCAAUGGUACUCUCACUUACAAUCAAUAAAAGCUGAACUUGAGGCCUGCCGUGCUUGUUAUGAAAUUGGCUUGGACAAAUUUGAAAAGAUGUUCAAAAAGCAGCAAGAGCCAACUCCAAAACUUAAUCCGAAAAUUAAUACCAAAGAAAAAGAUGAGAAAAUAAUUUGUGCUGAAGAUAUCAAUCCAGUAAUUGUUGAUGAGGUAUUUGAGGGCUUCACUGAUGAGAAUGCUGAUGAUUUUGACUCUAACUAUGUUCAUCUAUCUGUUGAAGAAAUGGAAAAACAAAGGAAAGAUAUGGAAGAAUCAAAACGAAUGAUGCAUGAGCUGAAAUCUGUGAUUGCAGUUCGAGCUGUUGAUAGAGAAAAACGAGAGGAUAUUGCCAUAAAACGACAAAAGCAUGGUCUUGAAUGUCAAUCUCCAUCAGGUUAUAGUAGUGAAGGGGAUCAGUCUGAAGAUAGUUUGCACAGUGAUAGCCUUCAAAGUGACAGUUUACAAGGCCAUGUCAUUUCUACAGCAGAAAAAGACUCUAUGCAAGAGUCUGAAAAUCUUAGUGAUGAUUUACUUGGUGAAGAUAAUUUAGAUUUGGAUGAUAUAAAUAUGUCUGAAUCACAUUGUUCUACUACUACUAGUGACACAGGAUUCAGUCAAGUUUCUUGGAGUAAACAGAUUUCAGAAAAUUCAACUGACCAAGAUUCAGAACCAUUUUUUCUUCAUCAGAAUCAAUCCAGUGAAAUUGAUUGUGAUAUCCAAUUGAGAAAUUUGAUUUUUUCACCUUUAACUAGAAAAACAGAUUGUGAAACUGACAGCUUAAAUAACUUUUCAUUUCCAGAGGAUGUUAGCCAUAAUGCCUUGCAUUCUGAUUCCCCCACCUCAAAGAUUGAUAGUUUGGAUCCAAAUUCUCAAACACCAGUUAUGAACCAGAGCACAAAUAUUAGGGAUUCAGAUAAGUUUAAUUCUUAUCAGUUAAAUCUUCAGUCAGAAUCUCAUCCUUAUCCUUCAGGUUCAGAUAAUUUGAAUUUAGAUGCAAUGAAGAUUGGCGAGGUUGAAAAUAAUACUUCAUCUGAAUUUCCAGCUUCUGAUUCUAACAGCAGUUUUUUUCUCCAUCAAGAGAAAGAGACAGAUCGUAAUCUACAGGGAACAAAUCUUGCUGGCUUACAGGAACGGUUGCUUGCUCGUGAUGAAUCAAGUUUUAUGUUUGCUCGAAAUAUUGCUGCACAAGCAUCUGCACGUUGCAAAGAAAAUUUAUCCCUCAAUAUUCAAACAUUUGGUGAUUCUGAUAGUAUUGAAGAUGAUGACAGUGUUGAUAGUGAUAAAGAGAUUAAUGACAGCCUUGCAGAUGAUUCUAAGGUAGAAAAUUCUCAGGACAACUUAUAAACAUUGUCUAUCAUUGAAUUUAACAAUGAAUUUUACAGUGUUAUCUCUUCUUUUGUCUAGCCUUUCUCUAUAUUUUAAAAUCUAUCUAGAAUAUUACUCACAGCUUAUACUAUAUUUUUUAAAUAAUUGAUACAUAAUUAAUUACUUUUAUAAGAUAAGUUUUAUUUUGUUUUGAUUCAACUGUAUAAUUUUUUCACAGGAUAUAAUUUAGAGAUUUUUAAAAUGUCUUAUAAGCUUAUAAUUUAUUGAACAUUUUUUUCAAUGACACCUAACAAUUUAGUUUCUGUAUAAAUGCUACAAAAGAUAUUCCUAUUUAAUUUAUUGAAUCAAUAAUGGAAGCAAUAUGUAAUUAAUAGUAAAAAAAAAAAAAUGACAUUACUAAUGAUGCUUAUUACAUACUUCAACCUAAUAUGGUCUAUUAAUAUGCUACCAUUACUUCUGUCAUGGUAUUUUAGUUUGAAAGCACCAGUUAAACCAUUUUCUUGCCAGCGUAUGUAAACAUUGGCAAAUGAUACACAUUCAUAUAUAUCAUUACUAUCAUCAUCAUCAUUGUCACUACCAUCAUCACCAUUAUCAUCUGAAUCAUUAUAGUUAUUUUUACAUUUGCUUUUCCCAUGCUGGCAUGGGUUAGGUGAGACUUUUUUGAGGCAGUAUUCUAUGGCUGGGUUAUUUCCCUGAUGUCAACAUUUGCUUGUUUUCAAGUUAGGUACUUUUUUCCAUCUUUGCAUGUCGAACUACUGCUGGACACUUUUGUUUAUGGGGUACAUAAACAACAUCAUUACUGCCUAAGUGGUGUCACUGUGAAGACAUGUGGAGAAAGACAUUUAUACAUAUGCUUUUGUGCAUGUAUGUGUGUGUGAAUAUAUGUGUUGAAAAGUUCCUGGCUUUGGGUAAAAGAAAAUACUGGAGGAUCAGUUAAUUAUGAUUUUAUUUAACAUAUUCCCCUCGAAUUCAUACACUCAUUGCAGUGGUCCUUUUGUUUUUCUAAGCCCUGUAAAAGAACUUGGAAGGUUGCACCUUCAGCCAAGCCUCUGUAGUAGCAAUCACUUCCAAAUUGGAGUGAAAUUUCAUUCCAUUGAGAUGUUUCAUCAGUUAUUGAAAGAGAUUAUAGUUGUAGGCGGUUAAGUCAGGAUGGGUGGCCUACCAAUUUGAAGCCAGAGUUGCAUAUUUUCCCUAGAGUUUCAUGUGCUGUGUCUGCUGGUGCAUUGUCCUGCCAAAGCAGGACACCAUGGCUCAACUUUCCAUGGUGUCUCUGCUUCAAAGCUUCAUGCAGUUCAUCUAACAGAAACGUAUAGUAUUUUGCAUUGAUGGUGUGACCUUUGGCAAGUAUUUUAUGAGGAGUAUUCCAUCUUUGUCCCAGAACACUCAAACCACAAUCUUUCUAGUUGACUUCUGGGUCUAAAAUUUCUUGGGAUGCAGUGAACCACUGUGGCACUACUCCAUUGAUUGCUGCUUGGUCUGGGGAUCAUAAUGAUGUAGCCAAGUUUCAUCCAUGGUGACUAAACGAGCCAUAAAAUCAGCCUCUCCCACUGCAAACUGGUUCAAGAUUGCCUUUGAUGUUGUCACUCUGAUACACUUCUGAUCUGUGUUCAGGCAUUUCAGCAUCCAUUUUCCAGAAAGCUAUUUCAUGACCAGAAUGUUGUGGAUGACGUGGCUAACUUUUUUGUGGGAAAUCCCUUGAGUCUCAGCUAUGAUUUUAGUUGAAAUCAUAACAUACACAGCAUCGAUGUUGUCUUCUGUGCUGCAUUUGUAUUUGUAUUCAUGUACUAGAUCGAAUGUCCUAUGAAGAUGACAAAUGUUAUUUUCAAAAUUCUUUCAUAAGGACCGACUGGCAUUGGAAGAGGAAACGGCCGUAAGAAAUGUUAUGUGAUAGAAAUGUUAUGUCAUAUUUUGUAUUAAAAAAAUAAUCUACAGAUGUGGUCCAAUUUGUUUGUUGAUAAAGAGAUUUCUCCAUUUUCUGAUUGUUUAAACUUGAUUCCUGAUAAACGUUUGUUUAUUCUGUUACCUGUACCCUAUGAGCAUAGUGUGCCUCCAUACCCAUGCCUAGGGAUAGCACAAUUAACUGAUACCAAUAGUAACGGAUAUUUUUAUCCCUUAGUUGGUUACUACAACUGCUAACUCUGCUCACUGUUUAUAUAUAU